CCGGGCGCCGCCGCGGAGGGGGCAGCGUGUAGAAUGGUGGGGAGGUGCGGGACGGCCCCGGGCCCGGCCCCCGGCCCCGAGGAGCCCAGUGAGGCAGUCCCGGCCCUAGCCCCGGCCCGGCGGCGUCGGAAAGCCUCCAAGAAACGGAAGGAGGCAGCGGUGGCGGCCAUCCCGCGGGGCAGACCCAAGUCGGGGCGGGUGUGGAAGGACCCCGGCAAAAAGAGGUUCUCACACAUGAUCCAGGACAAGGCCCUUCGCACCUCCUGGGCACGGAAGAUGAAGGAGCGGCAGGAGAGGAAGCUUGUCCGGGACCUGGCACGGCAGCUGCAGGAGGGGAAGCAGAGAGAGCGUGAGGAGAAGAAGCGGCGGCGGGAGGAGAACCUGAAGCGGCGCUUGGAAAACGAGCGGAAGGCGGAGAUUGUCCAAGUGAUCCGGAACCCACUGAAGCUCAAGCGAGCAAAGAAGAAGCAGCUGCGGCGGGUGGAGAAGAGGGACACGCUGGCCCUGCUCCAGAAGACACCUGUGCAGCGCAAAGCAGCCAAGGAGUGAGACAGGAGAUGGGGCACUACAGUGCCUGGGCAGCCGGGGUUUCUGUGUGUCCUGCACCUCUCCAGGCGUGCUUCCUCGGCUCGGUGGGCAGGAAUCACUGCCCAGGCCCUCGAUGUUGGACAGACCGCAGGACAGAGCUGGGGUGGUGUACGCAGUGCCGUGACCCACAGGAACCAGCUGCUGGAUCCCCGCUGCCUUGGGAAGUUGUGUUGCUGAUGGCCACGGGCUGGAAGGAGAACUGCUUCACCUGCCCAGAUCUGCUUUUUCUUUAUAAAGAUGACUAGGAACUGA